UGAUCAUUCAGUGUGGACCAACAAGUGGAAGAAUGUACAGGUCCUUGUUCCACUCAUUCACCAUCCUUUUUUCCAAAUUCUGAGGCAACACCUCUCCCGCGGUGACAGCAGACCACAGCUCUUCCUCCGUCUGGAUGAAUAAGGGAAGGACAGUCAGACACACUGCAUGGCUUACUCCUCUCUUUCCUCCGGGAGGAGGAAGAUGACAAAUGGAGGGGGCCACCCCCACCUCCCCAGUGGAGGGCAGACAGGGGGGUCCCACGCCACCACACGCUAUAUGGUGAAGAAGCAGCACCACCGCCGGCAGAGGUCCUCCUCACCAGUGGGCAGGGUCAUCCUCAUCAACGCACCUGCUGAUGGUGGGGAUGACAAUGAACACAUUCACACAGUAACAGUAGACAAGAGUUCUGAUGGGCGUCUGGGCUUUAGUGUCCGCGGGGGCUGUGAACAUGGACUUGGUAUAUUUGUCAGCAAGGUGGAGAACGACAGCUCUGCAGUGCAGGCUGGGCUGAGUGUGGGAGAUAAGCUGGUGGAGGUCAAUGGGGUCAGCAUGGAAAGCAUCACUAUGAGCAGCGCUGUGAAAGUCCUGACAGGCAAUAAUAGGCUGAGAAUGGUGGUGAGACGAGUAGGCAAGAUCCCCGGAAUCCGUUACUCCAAGGAGAAAACCACAUGGGUGGAUCUGAUUCACAGGCGCAUGGUGGUGGAGGACAGCAGCCAAACACCAUCAGAAGCCAGUUCAGACAGCGCCCUCCGCAGGAUCGUGCAUCUCUUCACCACAUCAGACGACUACUGUCUCGGCUUCAACAUCAGAGGAGGCAAAGAGUUUGGUCUGGGAAUAUACAUUUCUAAGCUGGACCCAGGUGGUCUUGCAGAACUGCACGGCAUCAAAAUGGGCGAUCAAAUCCUUGCAGCCAAUGGGGUUAGCUUUGAUGACAUCGCCCACAGUAACGCUGUAGAGGUCCUGAAGAGCCACACACACGUCAUGUUGACCAUCAGGGAAGCUGGACGGUACCCUGCAUACAAGGAGAUGGUGGCAGAAUACGGAUGGCUCGACAAAUCAGCCAAUGGGGCUCCUCCACCCUCAUCCCAAGGAUCAGACUCGACCUCCUCUGUGUCCUCGUUGUCCUCUGGCACCCCUCUCGGCUCUGUCAGUGGUCUCUCCCAGCUUCUUUUUCCUCCUGUCUUUGGCCCCGAAAUGGUAGACGUUGCCUUAUCCACAGAAUCCCAACAUCCAUCCAGCAUCGAAAGAACCACUGACACCGCCAUACAGACUGACCCUCAACCCCCAACCUACACAGAGUACCUCUCCCUUAAUGGUUCCAACCACGACAGGCUGGAAACCACUCGGUCUGUGGGCGCCACAGUGCUGCUGAAGGACACAGUUGUUCGUGGGAAAGGUGAAGGACAGAGAGAAGCAAGAGUCACAGGUGAAAGAAGGCAGGUCCAGACAAGGACAAUGCCAUCAGGAGACCAGGAAGUCUUCAAACAGUCCCCGAAGACAGCUGUGCUGUUGGACCUGAGCAGACCACAAAGGCCAAUCAGACGUUCCCAGAGUCACAUUACUGUGUCAGAGGACAGAGAGAAGAAGAAGAGAAAAGAGAAAGAGAAGACCACAGGAGAGAGCCGAAGCAGCCUGCGGCGCUCCAAAACCUUUGUCAACUUGCUGUUUAAGAGAGACCGGAAAGAGAAGAGCCGCUCCAAAUCGCCAUCCCGCCACAAUGACAGAGAUGUGGAGCGGAAUCGUCCCUUCCAGCUAUUUUCAUCCCCCAGAGAAUCCCGUGCUGGGUUGAAGGAUGGCAGCCCGCUGCUCCGGCUUGACACCCUGCAGCAUGUGGAGGGCACAGCAAAGAAGCUACUAAGCCAGGACGAGGUGGCUGCUGUGAUGAGACACUGUCGGCGGUUUUUGUCAGAUACUGUCAUUGAGGAUUUAGUGCGCCCCCUUUUGGCGAUCUUGGACAGGCCAGAGAAACUGCUGCUCCUCAGAGAAAUUAGAAUGCUGAUUCCGACUACUGAAUUGGCUCAGUUUGACAGCAUGGUCAUGCCCUUUGAACUGGAAGCAUAUGACAUUCUCAAACGUCGCUCUGCUCUGCACUCCCCUCAGAGUGGAGUCCCACGCCGCCACCUCAUCACCCCCAUCCCAGAUUACAGGGGAGGAUUCUACCUCCAGCCAGUCCAGGACACGGUGGGCGACCGUCAGCUGUUUGAAGAGUUGGAGCGACUGCAUAUGUCGAGUCAACAAACCAGCCAUCAACCUUCAUUUUGUGCCUUCACUCCCCUGUUGGAUGUACCUAUAGACAGCUACACGUCCUCUAAAGUGCGCUCUCGCUCCCUGAGCCCCUCACCUCGCCACAGCUUCCUCCUGCCAGAAUCCCCUUCCAGCACACAACGUGGACACCGAACCCAGCCAUCCCCACACAGGAGGGAGAAAGCAACAUCACAGUACAACCAAACCUCCUUGUUGUCUACAUCUGAUCGAGGAGAUGUGGCGCCUGAACGCGGGAGGUUGCCUGCAAGGAGCGUUCACGGGAGAUCGAGAAGGGAAGCAAGCCCCGAUAGCAUAGAUGCCAGACAGAGCAGGAAGGAUGGCUACACAGAGGUCAGCGUACACGUUCCUUCUCAGAACAGACGGAGAACCUCUGUGACUGACCUUCAGGCUCACCGAGAGAUGAGCCAAUCCACAGGCAGAGGGCACUAUCAGCAGCUAAAUGGACACGGUGUGAGAAGAAGGACAACUCUGGCAUGUGAGGACUAUCACAUCAGCACUGUGACCAUCUCUAAGACCAAACAGUCACUUGGCAUUAGUAUUUCUGGAGGUAUAGAGUCAAAGGUCCAGCCGGUGAUAAAGAUUGAAAAAGUCUUUCCUGGAGGAGCUGCUUCGACAAAUGAGGCUCUGAAGGCAGGAUGCGAGCUGCUGUCUGUGGACGGUGAGAAUCUUCAGGGAGUGACUCAUCAACACGCAGUGGAUGUAAUUCGCCGUUCGUUCGGCAACAAGGCCAAAGACCCCAUGGUUUUUGUGGUCAAAGUCCCCACGGUGCACACUGACCCCCCCCACCAGCCCCAGGACAGCCACUGACUAAACUCCUCACAAUCAGACUGCAGCUCAGCCCCAGUGGAUGCCAAAACCUGCAGGUCCCACACACAACUCACUUCUGA